AUGGGAUGUGUUUCUUCAAAACUCUUCAAAAAAGAACUCCAUCAAGAAAUCAGACUCAACAAUGGCGGCCGGUGUGUUAAUCACGUGGUCUCUCUCACUUCUUCAACUUAUGGUGCUCUCAAACUUGACUGCAACAAUCAACAACAACAACAACUACCACCACUACAACAAGAACCCAUCAAAGAAAUUGUGGAAGAGAGUAUGAGAAUGCAACAAAGAUCGCCAACAAAAGAAGAGCCAGAGGUUAUUAACACAUGGGAGCUAAUGGGGGAUCUUGAAGAAGGAGUACCCGCUUCAAAUCAGACUAAAAAAAGUCCAAAGUCGACGGUUUUGCGUCUUGGGUUUGCUGAUUUGGAUGUUAGGAGUCCGCUGAAGUUCUUGAAUCAAAUUGGGUCUCCAAGAAAAGCGAAAACUUUUGGUGGCAAAGAAAAUAAGGUAAAGAGGUCAUCAGGUUUUAGCCCCAGACCAGUUUUAAAAGCCAACAAUUCUUCAGGGAAUUCGUGCAAAGCAGUGUUGAGAUUGAGUUAUCCAGUGAAAGGGUCUCCGGUUAGGGAUAAAACAGAGAGUUUUAGAAGCGAAUCUGGAGUUUCUCCGAGAAGGAGGAGGAGUUUUAGCCCUCUAUUCGAUCCAGAACUUGUUGCAUUAUAUGAGAAGGAGUUGUCUGAAGAAGAAGAACAAAUCAAGAGGAUAAUUUUGCCAAGUUCGAGAACCACAAAAGUAAAGAAAUUGCGAGAUUUGGAAUCUAUCCUUCAGUCUUUCGAACAAAAAUGCCCGCCUGGAGGGGAAAAUAAGGUCGUGAUUUACACUACUACAUUGAGAGGAAUCAGAAAAACAUUUGAGGAUUGCAACACAGUAAGAUCAAUUAUCGAGUCACAUCAUAUUCACAUUGUUGAAAGAGAUGUUUCCAUGGAUUCGGGUUUUAAGGAGGAGUUAAGGAGGCUAAUGGGUACAAAGGAAGUCAAAGUUCCACUUGUGUUUGUUAAAGGGAGUUUAAUUGGUGGUGCUGACCAAAUGGUAAAGUUGGAGGAGGAAGGAAAGUUAGAGAUUUUGUUUGAUGGAAUCCCGAGAGGGCUUGCUGGAGGAUGUGAAGGGUGUGCUGGGGUUAGGUUUAUGAUGUGUGUGAAGUGCAAUGGGAGCUGCAAGAUUUUGGAUGAGGAGCAAAAGAAGAUGGUUAGAUGUGGUGAGUGCAAUGAGAAUGGGCUGAUGCAAUGUCCUGUCUGUUGCUGA